CAUUCACUCUACCAGCUACCAACAGCAUAACACCCGUAUUACCUUUUUAAUGAACUUCUUUCUUACUUUACACAAUCAAAUAUUUUAGACAUUCAUUAGUGUUAUUCUAAGUACUGGUAGAAAAAAUUGAUGUAAUAUACAAUAUCGGACGCAUAUUGAAGAUAAUAGGGAAGUUAAAUUAAGCAAUACGUAAAGUAAGAACAUACAUCUGACGUAUUUUCAGAUAUACACGUACAGGUGAUUGUUCGUACAGAGUGCUAGUGUAAAGUGUAUAUUAAUUGUUAAAACAAUGGAAUACGUACUGAUAAAAGACAUACGGCCGGGUCAGAAAAACAUUAACGUAGUGUUUAUUGUUCUGGAAGUUGGUCAUCCUACUAUCACCAAAGAAAACCGCGAAGUUCGAACGUUUAAAGUGGCAGACAGUACAGCAUGCAUGAAUGUUUCAAUUUGGGACGAACCUGGUCAGCUUCUAGUUCCAGGUGACAUUGUAAGAUUAACAAAAGGUUAUGCAUCUGUUUGGAGACAAUGUUUAACAUUAUAUUCAGGAAAAAAUGGGGACAUACAAAAAAUCGGAGAAUUUUGUAUGGUAAUAAAUGAACAAUUGAACAUGAGUGAACCAAAUCCUGCUUUAGCACAACAACUGAUUAAUCAAAGUGGAUCUGGUCCACCUGGCAGUAAUGUUAAUAAUAGCAUUACUAACAAUGGAAACACAAAUAAUAUUGCUGGUCAACCUGGAAGGCAACCAUUAGGAUUUCAUUUUCCACUUAUUGUGGUAAUAUGUCAUUUAUUAAUAAAAUUUUUAUUAUCUGCUUUAAUAAGAUGUAUCAAAACAUGUUGGAAAAAACAACAGCAAUUAAAACUUCCUUUGCAAAAUAUAAUAGCAAUGGUUAUGCCAGUUAGCAUAGCUAGUGGUCUUGAUGUUGGUCUAUCAAAUUGGGCAAUUUCAUUAAUUACUAUGUCACUAUAUACUAUGACAAAAUCAACUUCUGUUGUCUUUAUUCUUGGUUUUGCUCUUUUCUUGAAAUUAGAGAAAAAGUCUUGGUCAUUAACAUGUAUUGUAGUAAUGAUAUCAGGAGGCUUAUUUAUGUUUACCUAUAAAUCGACACAAUUUGGAAUUUUUGGAUUUGUUAUUUGCCUCUUAGCAUCAUUUUCAAGUGGUAUUCGAUGGACUAUGACACAAUUAAUUAUGCAAAAAUCUAAACUUGGAAUGAAAAGUCCAAUUGAUAUGAUGUACUAUAUGCAGUUAUGGAUGUUAUUACCUAUUAUACCAGUGAUGAUGUGGUUUGAAGGCCCUAGUCUGUAUAUUAAUUUUAAAAAUACCGAUUGGAAUGAUGUUCAGGCAAUUGCAAUGACUACAACUGUUAUAUUUGGGAGUGCUAUUGUAGCUUUUCAUAUGGAAGUUAUGGAGUUUUUAGUUAUUACAUACACUUCUAGUCUUACACUUUCAAUUAUUGGCAUAAUUAAGGAAAUAUGUAUCUUAAUUUUGGCUGUAGAAUGGAAAGGUGAUGAAAUGAGUGGUCUCAACUUUAUAGGAUUAUUAAUGUGCCUUUGUGGAAUCAUAAUUCAUACCAUCCAAAAAAUAUUAUCAAAUAGGAACAAAAAAGCUGAAAAUCUGGAAUUACAAGCAAAUUCUCUUUCAAAUAAUAAUUUAAAAAAUGAUGAAGGAGUUGAUACAAAUUUGCCUUUGUUAACUCAAAAAUCGACUUCAUUGACAAAUCUUUUAAAUGGAGAAUUCAGUUCAGAUGAAGAUGAUACAGUCAAAUUUGGUGAGAACUCUACUCAAAUAUUGUCUAAUAUAUUGCAACGUAGAGAGCAGUAA